GUGCCUGGCAUUCUUUGCCCUCGAACCACCUGGCCAUGAGCAGAUGAGUAGCAAUUGUCUGCUCAUAUGCCCAUCUCGCCAGAUAGACUCAGUUUUUCUUGCUGUGCCAAUUCCAUCUGAAAUGCGCUGACAGUCGCGACGUAUGGAGGACUGGACACACAACUCAGUCGGAACCGCAUUACGGAGCACACACAGCCAACACCAUGGAGAAGAAACCCAACGGUCAGCCUGAUGCGGGCCUGCGGAGCUUGAAUCAUUACCAGAACAGACUCCCCAAAUGGCGAUACUGGCCUCGGCAAAAAAUCCUACCGCUGGUCCGAUACGAGACUCCAUACCUGGCCUGGCUGCAGGAGAAGAUGCGCUCGCCCACGCUGGACUCGUAUUUCGCCUUCACUGCCAACCUCGGUACUCAUACCUUUUUCACCGUGUUCCUCCCCAUUCUCUUCUGGUCGGGAUAUUCGACGCUUGGACGCGGAAUGCUCAAUGUCCUGGCUGCCGGCGUUUUUUGGAGCGGCUUCAUUAAAGAUCUGCUCUGUCUUCCUCGACCAUUGUCUCCCCCGCUGCAACGCAUUACAAUGUCUGGAUCGGCUGCGUUAGAAUACGGAUUCCCCUCGACACACUCAACCAACGCUAUUUCCGUAGCCAUUUACGCCCUGGCCUUGCUGUGGUCUCCCGAUAAUACACUUAACCCGGGGAUCAACUUUUCGAUGCAAGCGGCUCUAUAUAUUUAUGCAGUGUCUAUAAUUGCUGGUCGGCUAUAUUGUGGAAUGCAUGGGUUUCUCGAUGUAAUAAUUGGUUCUGGAUUGGGUGCAUUGAUUGCCUGGGUGCAGUGCCAGUAUGGUCUGUUAUUCGACAGCUGGAUUAUUGCUGCGACAGGAAAGCAAAUCCUUAUAGUUAUCUUGACCGUUCUAGCGCUUGUUCGAGUGCAUCCCGAACCUGCAGACGAUUGUCCCUGCUUUGACGACAGUGUUUCGUUCGCUGGUGUAUUCAUUGGAGCUCAAAUAUCCUCUUGGGACUUUGCAAAAUCUGACCUGGCCUGGCCUGAGCCCAGCCCUGACACGAUUCCUUACCGAUUCGAGACCCUUGGAUGGUCCAAGACGCUGUUGCGGAUUCUCAUCGGUGUUGUCGCUGUUUUUGUCUGGCGGGAGGUUAUGAAGCCGCUUCUCUUGCGAUUACUUCCUCCUGUCUUUCGCGGCCUCAAAAAGGCUGGUCUGCUUCUUCCUCGUCGAUUUUUCACCCAAGCGUCGGAAUACGAGAAGGUGCCUGGUCAUCUCAAGGAUAACGACGUGAUUCCCAGCUUUUCCGACAUCCCUUCCAUAUUCACAUCGAUGCGACACCCGCGUCGGCGAGCUGUUUCGAUCGGUCCACAAUCUGAAGCUGAUGCGUAUGAGACGUUGGCAUACCGGGAAAAGCGCCGCCGGGAAAGCAUAUCUGAGCAAACACAGAACCGCGGCACCGACGGACCCAUUCUGAGCAAUCGCGCUCCAUCCAAACUAGAGAAAUACGAGCAUAUGAUGGGGACAGGCAGUCCUCGCCAAAGCCCCGAAGCACCGGCGGCGCCGACGCCACCGGUGGCCAAUGGCUCUACUGACCAGGAUGAGCAGGCGAUGUUCUCCAUGAUCAAAAAGCCCCGUGUCCGCUACGAUGUUGAAGUUGUUACGAGGCUCAUUGUAUAUGCUGGGAUUGCUAUCAUCGUUAUAGACUAUGCCCCUUAUAUGUUUGAUUUUCUUGGUCUGGCACCUUGAUUUAACAGGUAUCUGCUAUGCAUAUAUGUGGCGGGAUGGCAUUCGAUCGCUAUUUCUAUUGUCUGUGUUUAACUUCUUUUCUCUUCUAUUAUACUCUAUUACUCUUUAUUAUCUUAUUCCUAUCCAUGCUCUGAAUACAAACAAGACUUGUAGCAGCCACGAAACCAUAGACUAUAGUCGUCCAAUUUCUAAGCUUCCUCAAAGCCUGCUAUCCAGAAUCAAUACCGGCAAAUCAAGAUACCCCGU